AUGGGCAUGACCUCAUUCGUAACCGGAGUAGCUUCCAUAACUGCGGUCACUACUGUCGUAGCUCUUGUAAGUGUCGCCUAUAUCAUCAGCGACAUCAACAGCUUCUAUGAUGAAUCUCUUAUGGAGCUCGACACUUUCAAGGACGUCGCCAAUUCCGCUUGGCAUGAGAUGAGAACUGCUCCAGAAGUGAUCCGUGAUACCCGCUCUGUGUUCGUGAAAAGACGCCAAGCCUAUUCUACUGGAGGAGGCGGAAACGGUGGAGGUGGUGGAGGUGGUGGAGGCGGUGGAGGUGGAGGAGGAUCAUGCAAUUGUGGUCCACAACCUAGCAGCUGCCCACCAGGACCACCCGGACCACCAGGAGCUCCUGGCCUUCCUGGAGACGCUGGAGAUGCUGGAGCGCCUGGCAGACCAGGAAAUGCCGGAGGCUCAGGUGGUAACGGAAAUGGUGGCGGAUGCGUCACUUGUCCCGUCGGCCCACCUGGACCCCCUGGACCCGACGGACCACCUGGAUCAGCUGGACCCGAUGGAAAUCCCGGAGCAGACGCUGGCGGUUCCGGUCCUGGUGCGCCUGGACCACCAGGACCACCUGGAGAUGCUGGUAAUGCUGGAGCACCAGGACAGCCUGGACAAGAUGGAGCACCUGGAGCACCAGGAACUUCUGGAAAUGGACAGCCAGGACCUCCUGGACCACCUGGCCCACCCGGAUCUGACGGACAACCUGGACAAGACGGCUAUGGUGGUGGACCAGCCACCCCCGGACCACCUGGACCACCAGGACCACCAGGAAAUCCAGGAACCCCUGGUAGUGAUGGACAGACUGGAGCACCCGGAAAUGACGGUGGACCUGGAGGAGAUGCGGCAUACUGCCCAUGUCCACCUAGGAACGGAUAUGGAGGAGGUGCUGGAGGCAGCGGUGCCGAUGGCGCAGGAGGCAGCGGUGCCGGUGGCGCAGGAGGCAGCGGUGUCGGUGGCGCAGGAGGCAGCGCUGGAGGUUUUGAUGGCGGCAUGGGAGGAGGUAGCGGUGCAGGCAACAGUGGUGGAGCAGGCGGUGCGGGAAGCAGCGGUGGAAGCGGAGCCAUCGGAGGAGGCAGCGAUGGAGGCAUGGGAGGAGCCAUUGGUGGAGGCAGCGGAGGCGGUGCUGGCGGCGGCAGCGGCGGAAGAUACGAUGCAAACCGUGCAGCCAGUGGUAGUUACAACGCUGGUGGUGAUAAUGGAGGUGGCGGUGCCCAGUACAGGAAGGUACUUCGUGUCGUCAAAAAACGUGUCGUCCGCAGAAAGGUUGCUAAGAAGGCUUAA